UGUCAUCGCAUCUGACAAGUAAAUUUACCACAUGUAAUUCGGUGAAUUGAUGUGUUUUGCACAAUUAGUGUAAUAUUUCAUCAUACUUCAAGUAUUACUGACUUAGAAAAAUGAGCGACACGGCGGAGAAAAAGGUCGAAAACAAAAAUCAAAAUCAAGGUGAAAAAUCGAAGAAGAAAAAUAAAUCUGCGCCGGGUGGUGGCGAUUCCGGUGCCCUAAAGGAAUUAAAACCUUGGCCGAAGUACAUCGAAGACCGGCUGAAAGUGUGGGAUAAACUAAAAUCCGAGUACGAUGCUGAGCUUGCGAAUAAACCAGAAUCGCCUAUAAAAGUAACGCUGCCAGAUGGGAAGAUCGUGGAUGGCGUGGCUUGGAGAACGUCACCAUAUGAUGUAGCAAAAGGGAUUAGUCAAGGUUUAGCUGAUAAUACUGUAAUAGCCAAAGUCAACGGAGUUCUAUGGGAUUUAGAUAGGCCUUUAGAAAGUGAUUGCUCCCUUCAAUUGCUUAAAUUCGACGACGAAGAGGCUCAAGCGGUAUUUUGGCAUUCCACUGCUCAUGUGCUCGGUGAAUCCCUCGAACGUUUGUACGGAGGAUGCCUUUGCUACGGCCCACCGAUAGAAUCCGGUUUUUACUAUGAUAUGUUCCUAGAUGAUAAAGGAAUAUCCCAAACCGAUUUCCCAGCUGUAGAAAACCUCAUGAAAUCUAUUGUAAAAGAAAAACAGCCGUUUGAAAGACUCGAAAUGAAGAAGGAAGAUUUACUUGAAAUGUUCAAGUACAACGAAUUUAAAGUUCGUAUUCUGAACGAGAAAGUUAACACACCAACCACCACUGUUUACAGAUGCGGUCCUCUUAUAGACCUAUGUAGAGGGCCCCAUAUUCGCCAUACUGGCAAAAUAAAAGCCCUUAAAGUCACCAAAAACUCCUCUACCUACUGGGAAGGAAAGGCGGACGCGGAAACCCUGCAAAGAGUCUACGGAAUAAGUUUCCCCGACUCGAAAAAAUUAACCGAAUGGGUGCAUUUACAAGAAGAAGCAGCCAAAAGGGACCAUAGAAAAAUAGGAAGGGAACAGGAACUGUUCUUCUUCCACGAAUUAUCACCAGGCUCUUGCUUCUUCCAACCCAGAGGGGCUCACAUCUACAACACUUUAGUAAACUUCAUCAAAAAGGAGUACAGAAAAAGGGGAUUCGAAGAAGUUAUUUCGCCUAACAUGUACAACGUGAAGUUGUGGCAAACCUCGGGACAUUGGUCUCAUUAUUCCGAGAACAUGUUCUCGUUCGACAUAGAAAAAGAAAAAUUCGCACUGAAACCGAUGAAUUGCCCGGGCCACUGUCUUAUGUUCGAUAAUCGCGUUAGAUCUUGGAGAGAACUUCCGUUGAGAUUAGCCGAUUUCGGUGUUCUGCAUCGAAACGAACUAUCAGGCGCCCUUACAGGACUCACCAGAGUUAGAAGGUUCCAGCAGGACGAUGCGCACAUUUUUUGUGCUAUGGAACAAAUCACGGACGAAAUAAACGGUUGUUUAGAUUUCGUAAAAUAUGUAUACUCUGCGUUCGGAUUUACCUUCGAUCUUUGCUUGUCCACCCGACCCGAGAAGUACAUCGGAGAAGCAGCCCUGUGGGAUUCGGCCGAAAAAGCUUUGGAAGACAGCUUGAAUAAAUUCGGGCAACCUUGGAAGUUCAAUCCCGGCGAUGGCGCAUUUUACGGCCCGAAAAUCGAUAUAACAAUUAAAGAUGCCUUAAGGAGAUCUCACCAAUGCGCAACGAUCCAAUUAGACUUUCAGUUACCCAUUAGAUUCAACUUAUCUUACAUAGCCGACAGCGGUGAUAAGAAGAGGCCGGUGAUGAUUCACAGGGCCAUUCUAGGAUCUGUAGAAAGGUGUAUAGCCGUUUUGACGGAAUCGUACGCUGGGAAAUGGCCGUUUUGGUUGUCUCCGAGACAGGUCAUGGUGAUUCCCGUUGGUCCCCCUUACGAUGAUUACGCCAAAGAAGUCAAGCAGCAGCUGUUCGAGGCCGGUUUCAUGGCUGAAGUGGACACCGAUCCUGGCGAUACGAUGAACAAAAAAGUCAGAAACGCCCAACUCUCCCAGUUCAAUUUCAUUCUGAUUGUUGGGGAAAAGGAGAAAUCGAAUAAAACUGUCAACACUCGUACUAGGGACAAUGUAGUCCACGGAGAAUCUUCUUUGGAGGAUUUAAUCAAGAAAUUCAACCAGCUGGUCGAUAACCAUUCAUCCGAAUGAUUUUAACCGAAAAACGUAUUGUUCGAUUACUUAAAUUUUCAUUGUUAUGAUAGUACUUUUUUUAAGUUUUGUAAUUUAUGAUUUAAUUUAAUAAACUUUAGCUUGAUGCCUU